GUUAAUAUUUUAUCCUAAACGCUAACACUAAUUGAAAACAUCAAAGAAGACUAUUGAAAACGCUUUUUCCAAACAAGGCCAAAGUAUCCUUGUUCACAAAUCCUAAUCUUGACUAUUGGGCCAAAAAAAUUAAAUGGGCUAAAAUAACGAAUAAUGUUGGAUCUCUGUGCAGGGCCCAGAUUCAUUCCUUAUAAGCUCCAAUGAAGAACUCCAAAACCCCAGCGAUACCAUCCCCGUCCAAACCCUAGAUCGGCUGCUACCUCACAGAGGCGAAAAUGCCGUUCAAGAGGUACGUGGAGAUCGGCCGUGUCGCUCUCGUCAACUACGGAAAGGACUAUGGAAAGCUCGUCGUCAUCGUCGACGUUGUCGAUCAGAACAGGGCCCUCAUUGAUGCCCCUGACAUGGUUCGAACUCAAAUAAACUUCAAGAGGCUUUCUCUAACAGAUAUAGUAAUUGACAUAAAACGGGUCCCAAAGAAGAAGAAUUUGAUUGCUGCAAUGGAAGCUGCCGACGUCAAGAACAAGUGGGAGAAGAGCUCGUGGGGAAAGAAGUUGAUAGUGCAGAAGCGGAGGGAAUCUUUGAAUGAUUUCGACAGGUUUAAGAUCAUGUUGGCAAAAAUCAAGAAGGCUGGAGUUGUGAGACAGGAGCUCUCAAAGCUGAAAAAGGAGAGCACAGUUUAGGAACCCUUUCUCUUGAAAACCCUGUUUGUUGUUUCUCAUAGGUUGCCUGUUCUGCCAUGUUUUAGGUCCUGUGAUUCUGCUGUACCAAAAAUGACUCAAUUUUGUUCCCCUUUCAUGAAAUUUUAUUGUGGACCCUGCUUUCGGGACUUGGUAAGAUCAAAGUUUUAUAAAUCGUCUCUUUCAAU